AUGCCUGGGAGAAGAAGGCCCUGGCACUAUCCUAGGCAUAGGAGGCACAGUCUGUCCCGCUCCAUGAGAGCUGAGCUCCAAUUCCCGGUUAGCCGCGUGGACCGCCUCCUGAGAGAGGGUCGCUACGCUCAGCGCCUGAGCUCAUCUACACCAAUCUUCCUCACCGGCGUUCUGGAGUACCUGACGGCCAACAUCCUCGAGCUGGCGGGCCAGGAGGCCUGCAACAACAACAAGAUACGCAUCACCCCAGAGCACGUGCAGAGGGCCCUGGACAACCACCAACACCUGAGCCGCCUCUUUGAGGACAGCGCCUGCCCUCAGGUGGAGGGGGUGCCCCAGCCCAGAAAGUGGUGCUGCCUGGGUCCCAGAGCCAACAGCCUCAUCUAG